AUGGGUUCAGACAACUCUGGCAGUAUUCGCGUCCUCAGCACGCAAAGAGUAUUUCCACAGGAGCCUUCAUCGCAUCCCAUCACAGCCAGGCUCUCCAUCAUCGACAACACCGUGGCGAGGUUCGCAUUGACGGCCGCCAUCUGGUUCUACGACAAGCCGAAUGCGGCGCCACAGGAACACGUGUUCCCGGCCCUGCAAACAUCGCUCGCCCGCACCCUAAACGACUAUCGCCACUUCGCCGGACAGCUGCGGUGGGCGACGGCCGACGAGGUCAGGCACACGGCUGUGCCCCGCCACCUCGGCCGUCUGGUAGCCGAGUAUGGCACGGCCUACGACCCGGGGGUCGAGCUCGUCACGGCCGAGUACGACGCCGGCGUGGCCGACGUGGUGAUCGACAGGAGGGACCUGGCGCAGAUUUCUAGCAAAGACGGACACCGACUGCACAUCUGGGACGCAACAGACCUGCCUCGGAACGAUUUCUUGCCUGCGAUCAAGGUGGCCCUCUCGUCUCUCGGCAUAACAGGCGGCGUUCCGUCCGUCGCGAUCCAGCUGACCCGUUUCCGCUGCGGCGGGUUCGCCGUCGGCGUUAAAAUGGCGCAUCCGCUCGCCGACGCCAUCGGUUUGAUCUGGUUCAUGCGUAGAUGGGCCGCCUUUUCCAGAGCGGAGAUGCUGGGCUCCGGUGCGGAUGGGCAGGGAGAGCCAUUCUCCUCUGCUCCGCCUCCUCCUCCACUGUUCGAUCCGGAUCGGAUGGACAGACUCGCGGGCCUCGUCCCGUCAAAGGAGUCAACCAAAGAAUCAACCCCUGAUCAGCACAAGAUCGCAACCGCCCGCGCACUGCCCAUGCACAGGCACGACUGGUGGGACUCUUCAGCACCGGGCUACCCGGCCUGGGCUCGCGCGUCGUCCGAGGCGACGAUGCCUCCACCGUCGGCCACCGACGACGCAUCCCCGCUCAGCCCAUCCCAGCAACCCCCAUGGCCGUCCUGGGACGUGGCAGCUCCGGUGACGCGCGUGCAGAUUCUCUUCCCCGCGGCGACCGUCGCCCUGCUCAGGACGACCGCCGAGGAGGCGGCCAGAGCAAACACGGCCGGGACGACGCCGCCGCCACCGCCACCGCCACGCAUCUCCCGCCUCGACGCCAUGCUCGCCCACCUGUGGAUCCUCAUCAACAGGGCACGGUAUGCCGGCUCCGGCCCGACCGAGCAGGCCGAAGAGGUCUACCUCGACAUGACGCUCGGGCUGCGCUCGCGCUUCUCCCCUCCCCUGCCGGACGGGUUCGCCGGCUCGCCGCUGCUGAUCGCGCACACAACGCAAAAGGCGGGCGAGCUGGCGCUUUCCUCGUCCUCGUCUUCGUCGUCGCCAGAGGCCCUCCUGGGCGGCGUGGCGACCUCGAUCCGCGAGACGGUCGGCAGGUUCACGCCCGAGGCGGUCGCGGCGCACGUCCACGACGCCGCGCACGAGGUCAGCCCGCAGCGCCUGUGGCAGGCGUUCCUUGGGCGACGCCACACGCUGGCCACGUCGUGGCAGGGGCUCGGGGCGUACAGCUUGGACUUUUGCGGCCGCGGCGGCGUCGCGGCGAGAAACGUCCAGGCCAUCAUGCCCGACAUGGAUGGGCUGUUGCAUGUCGUCGACGUGGACGGCACUGGAGGGGCGCUCGAUGUCAGCUUGUGUCUUGAGAAGGGCGCCAUGGAGCGGCUGCUUCAAGACCCGGCGCUCCGGGUGGGAGGUGUUGCUGUAGAAAUGUCCUGA